CACGCUGGCGCUGCCCGUUCGGCGCCAGUGACGGGCAGCACCAGUGCCCGGCGGUGGUCAUCAACCUAACACGACACCUGCGGGUGCAGUUCCCGGCAGGCAGCCAGGGUGUUUCUGUGAUCGUUUGGACGUGCGUCUCACUGUCUCAACACCGCGUGUUGUCGCCUUUUCGACGUAUUCGGUGUGGCAUCGUGAACCGUCUGUCCACAGUUCCAACAAGCACACAGUAAUGCGAAACGAAUCGACCUCAUGGUAUCGGCGAAGUCUGAACAGCCACUGGUGGGACUGGAGGCCAUCUCGGACCGCUUCGCGAUGUUCCUGCGUGGGGUCCGGGGUGGCUUCUGCAACGCAACAAAGGUGCAGCGCCACAUGCCGGCGCUCCAUCUCCUGCGGCCAGAGCUGCUCCCAGGCCGUCGUGCGGAGAACAUGAUGAUGCCGAACAUCAUGGCGGCCCUCUCCGGCCCCCAGCUGGCCAUGGAGGGGCCAGACGGCUGGCUGCAAGCCCAACAGCGAGCCCGCAAGAUGACAGCCGGCACGCGAAAAUCUUCGAUCCGCUGCGUGUCCCUGCUCAUCACCUACUGCGCAAUAGACUGCGAAAAUCUUGGUCUGCAGGCGUGGCUGCCGCGCAUGCCGGCCGUGCAGGAGCGGCUGACGGCAUGGCAGCGCUCGAUGAAACGUGACGAUUGGGAGCAGCGCCGGCACCACGAAACCCAGGCGGCACGCUUCGUCGACGUGCAAGUCGAGCAGUGCUUCCUGAGCUCCGAGUACGUCGCCGCGCUGACGGAGUGCCCCUGCGCCGGCUCACCAAAAACUACAAGUUCAAAACAGCGGCCAGCGCUACCCUAG